GAAGGACAGAGUCUCCGGCGCACACGCCUCCUACCAAAAUCCCAGCCCCGUGGAGCCCAGGCUCUCAUUCACAGCUUUCUAGAGAAAUCUGAGCAGCCAACUGCCAGAAUAGGGGAUCUCACCCACCCAGUUCAGCACCGAGGACACCUGCAGGAACAUAUUCCCAAAGCAAGGCUGGGCGACCGUGUGAAGUAAGCAAUGGCCUCGGUUUUACUUUACUUUGGACAACCACCACCACAUAGGGCCUGAAUGUCCUACUGCUUUCCAGGAACAUCAAAAAGACCCUCUGUCUGUCUGUUUCAGUGGAAGUGUGGAAGGAGAAAAACUGUUGAAUGGGCCACCGUUUCAGCAGACCCUCAGGUGAAUGGGACCAGUCUCUCCUCUUCCAAAAUAUCAGAAAUUAAGCCCUUGGAAAGGAGAUUUGGCCACGAUGACCCAUUUACAAGCUGGGCUUAGUCCAGAGACUAUAGAGAAAGCACGCCUGGAACUGAAUGAAAACCCAGAUGUUUUACAUCAGGAUAUUCAGCAAGUCAGGGACAUGAUCAUCACCAGACCUGACAUUGGAUUUUUGCGUACAGAUGAUGCCUUCAUCCUGAGAUUUCUCCGAGCCAGGAAGUUUCACCAAGCAGAUGCCUUUAGACUUCUGGCCCAGUACUUCCAAUACCGCCAGCUGAACCUGGACAUGUUCAAAAACUUCAAGGCGGAUGAUCCUGGCAUUAAGAGGGCUCUGAUUGACGGGUUCCCAGGAGUGCUGGAAAACCGUGACCACUACGGCAGGAAGAUUCUUCUGCUGUUUGCAGCCAAUUGGGAUCAGAGUAGGAACUCCUUCACAGACAUCCUCCGUGCCAUCCUGCUGUCCCUGGAAGUCCUUAUCGAAGAUCCUGAGCUUCAGAUAAAUGGCUUCAUUUUAAUUAUAGACUGGAGUAAUUUUUCCUUCAAACAAGCCUCCAAACUGACACCUUCAAUCCUUAAACUGGCCAUUGAAGGGUUGCAGGACAGCUUUCCUGCUCGCUUUGGAGGAGUUCAUUUCGUCAACCAGCCCUGGUACAUUCACGCAUUGUACACACUCAUCAAGCCAUUCCUUAAAGACAAGACCAGGAAGCGGAUUUUCCUUCAUGGAAACAAUUUAAACAGCCUCCACCAACUAAUACACCCUGAGUUUUUGCCCUCUGAAUUUGGAGGAACCCUCCCUCCUUAUGACAUGGGAACUUGGGCCCGGACGUUACUUGGUCCUGACUACAGCGAUGAGAAUGACUAUACUCACACUUCCUAUAAUGCAAUGCACGUGAAGCAUACGUCCUCCAAUCUGGAGAGAGAAUGCUCACCCAAGCCGAUGAAAAGAUCUCAGUCUGUGGUUGAAGCCGGGACCCUGAAACAUGAGGACAAGGGAGAGAAUGAGAACACUCAGCCACUCCUGGCUCUGGACUGAGCCAUGAGCCACCCUGAUGCUCCUGCACACCGGCCUUCAGUGGUAUCAGUCAACAAGGGAGCAUAUGUGCAACCGACCCACACAGACACGUGCCAUCCGCUUGACGCGAGGCCCUCCACUCCUGACCCCCAGCAAUGACUGUCACCAGCCAUAGGUCUGAGCAGCCAAAGUUGGAUAAAGACUUUUCUUUUUUCAGUGAGGGGAUUGGAGGAUGAAGCAAGGCAUUUAUGUAAGAAAGACAGCCCUUCCCUGAUACAUAUGGUAUUAAAUGAACUGAAACAACGAAAAACUACAUUUGAUGCACAUACCACAUUAAGACAAGGAUUUUUCUGAGGGAUUACACAAGGACCCUCUCCAGUUUUGCAAUUUAAGAUUAAGUAUGUUUCCAAGUAAAUACAUCAGAGUUAAACUGUGCAGAUCAGAUGGUCAAGUUUAAUAUAGCGCAAAGCCCCAAGACAAUAGUAAUUUCCAUUCUUAUUGAAUUAUUUUCUCUGACCUCAUCACCAGCAUUGAAUUGUUCUGCCUAAGAGCAUGUUCUCAUAGGUCUGGCUAUUUGCAGUUUGCUUAUAUUGAUGUCCUGCGAAAAAUGAUUUUGAUGUCACAUCUUUCAUCAGGCCUCCAGCUUAAAAGAAGACACACGCAAUUUGGAAUGUGAUUAUUUCAUCUUAGCCAUGUGACUCCCCACAGUCAGCCUGAGAACCCAUUAGUCCAGUGUGUGUUGGCAGAGAGGCGGGCCUCAUUGGAAACACAUGUCAGUGAUUAACAAAUCAAUUUAAAUUGCCUCGCUUGGGUCACUACAGCAAGGGAACGAGCUACUAAGCUAUUUAAGCCCCCACCUUUCUAUAGUCAUUUCAGGUGUGAAGAAAGGGCCAGGUUGUUGCUAAGCAGGCAGGUAUUCAAUCAUGGAGGAAGAGACCCCUUAAGGAUAGUAAACAUGCAAACACUGAAAUAAGAGAAGACUACCAAUGCAAGAUGAAAUGCCAAAGAUCAUUUUAUUUCUUUAGCUACUCUCCUUAGAAAUGGAGGUCCCAACUACCCAGUCACAGGAAAUCAGAUGAAAAAUUAACAGAUAUCCUUACUCAUGCCAUGUUUUCCAAGACCAGCUGUGUAUUUUUAGAUAUUGCUGAUUUGUCCAGCUAUUUGCAUCACGUGGGCAUUUAUUAGAAUGACCAAUUGGUGCUCAAUGUCAAAUAAAACAUAUUUUAGUUGAUAAUCGAAAAUAAAAUAUGGCUUCACAUUUUAAAUAUUUGCAAGGGUUACUUUGUGAGCUGAACAAUUCAAAAGAAAGAAGUGAUUCAACUGGCCACAAUUAUCCUGACAGAUAAUAAUUUUAAUAGUUCUAUUACAUUUCUUUCUAAUGUUUCAGCUUUUCCCUACUGGUAGCAAAUAACAACAAAGUUAAUUUUACAUUCCACCAUUAAAGAAAUAAAAUUGAAAUAUAAUUAAAAAUAUUUCUCAACCACUUGCAUCACAGUAUAAAUAAAACCAAUUCAUUUUGUGUAGACAUUUCAAAUCACAAAACAAUAACACUGAAAUGAUUCCACCAAUGCAAUGACUGAAACACUUUUCUUACACACCAAGAUGUAGGUAAGACACAGAAAGAAUUAAAGUGAAUUAGAAAAUCCCUUUUAUUACUUGAGUUUAUAAAAUAGUUGUGGAUUCCAGGUAGUUAAAAUAUGAUUGCCAACCCUUUGCAACAGUAAUAAUACCUCUGGCAUUUCAAUUGGAAAUAUUUACAAUGCUACUGUAGUGACCUGACUUUAAAUACCAUAUUACAUUUACUAAGUUAAGAGCUAGGUUUUCUACUAUUCCAUAAUCUCAUUAAAUGAAUGUAAGGUGAUGGUUCAGCAAUGAUGAUUUCUAGUUUGUAUUUCUUUAUGUGUAUGCAAUAUACUGACGAGAACCAAAUUCAAUGGUGACACGAAUGUCACUCCAUGAGCACUGGAUUGUAUUGCCCUUUGUCAGUCAUUUCCUCUGUCCAAUAAAUUCUGAGGGACACAAA